UGCUGCCGGGAGACGGAACAAUAUCAAAACCUUGAGAAUCAUCGUAAAGUUUGCAAGUUGAUCAUUUGUAUCAUUUUUUUAUGGAUGAAGGGUUCGUUUUUUGUUCCGUUCAAUUGGAUCGAUGUAAAGAUGUCUGUAUCACCUUGAGAGGAGCGCUUAAAACUGACUUUAAACCCGGAAGUGGAGCAAAGCAGCAGGUGUUAGCUUAGCCGCUAACACACUUUAUCUCUUCUAAAUCCCAAAUGAGGGAGCGAUUUUGUGUUUAAACCCUGAUCUCACGCGCAUGCUGCACGGUUAAAUCACAGAUUGAGCCUGUCAUGCGUGUCAGUGCUGAGGCGCGUUGUUUAUCGGCUGUGAGCUGGGCGAGAUGUAAGAUCAGUGUGAUACACAGUUCCAGCUGUCAGAUGCUCCUCACUCUCAUCUGAUCAGUGUGAUACUGAUUCAAUUGGUCAGUCACUCUGAUCUUCUCGGUUUAUUCUGGGUCCCAGAGUCUGGAGGAAGAAAGGAGAGGCACACAAUCCACGUUGCUUGAGGAGCCUGCAGACAUCAUGAGUGGUAAAUUUGGGCUUGGGAAUUACAGCUCGAGGAAGCACAUCUCCAUAUCUGUGCCCUCAUCCACAGAGGUCAUGUCACCUCAUAUUAAAUCGGUGGAGGAGCUCCGAGUGCUGGGAAUCAAUCUGAACAGCUUCAACACACCAACACAGUUCUUCAUCUGUGUGGCUGGAGUCUUCCUCUUUUACCUCAUCUAUGGCUACCUGCAGGAGCUGAUAUUCUCAGUGGAGGGCUUUAAGCCAUUUGGCUGGUAUCUGACUUUAGUACAGUUUGGAUUUUACUCCUUGUUUGGUUUGGUGGAGUUGCAGCUUACUCAGGAUAAGAGGAGAAGGAUACCAUGGAAAACCUACAUGAUCAUCGCAUUUUUAACAGUUGGGACCAUGGGCCUAUCCAACACUUCUUUAGGAUACUUGAACUACCCUACACAAGUCAUAUUUAAGUGCUGCAAACUCAUUCCUGUCAUGAUCGGAGGAGUUUUUAUACAAGGGAAACGCUACAAUGUUGCAGAUGUGUCUGCUGCUCUGUGCAUGAGUCUUGGUCUGAUCUGGUUUACACUGGCAGACAGCAAGAUUGCCCCAAACUUCGAUGUAACAGGGGUAGUUCUCAUAUCUCUGGCCCUCUGUGCGGAUGCUGCUAUUGGAAAUGUGCAGGAAAAAGCCAUGAAAAUCCAUAACGGAACCAAUUCAGAGAUGGUUUUAUAUUCCUAUUCUAUAGGUUUUGUGUAUAUUUUGCUGGGGCUGCUGUCUGUUCGGGGGCUUGGACCUGCUGUUUCUUUCUGUUCUCAGCAUCCAGUGACAACAUACGGUUACGCAUUCUUUUUUUCACUAACGGGAUAUUUUGGGAUUUCAUUCGUCCUGGCUCUGAUAAAACUGUAUGGAGCACUGGUUGCUGUCACAGUGACUACAGGAAGAAAAGCCAUGACUAUCGUGUUGUCAUUUCUGUUCUUUUCAAAACCUUUCACUUUUCAGUACCUCUGGGGUGGUCUUCUGGUGGUUUUUGGCAUCUUCCUUAAUGUUUACAGCAAAAACAAAGACAAAAUGAAGCUUCCGUCCUUAGCAGAGCUCAGAAAACGAAUGCUCAGCGGGAGGAAAGUGCGUCUGCUGUCUCAGGAAGUGUAGGAGGAUGAACUCAAAAGUUUAACUAAUGGGCUUCUUCUACGUCUUACAUCAGCUGAUGCUCAGGUGUGGUUUGGAGUCCAAGAAGAGUCCAUUCAGCACGCAUGGAGUGUGGGGACUGUUUGAAUCAAAGGGACCUUAAACUAGAACCAAAAAAAGAAAAGCUUUGCACUGGACCAAGGUGGAAAAUGAUGAUGGAAAUGGAUUCAGUAGAAACGUUCCAAGUCCAAUUGAAUGUUGUCCUGAUGGAAGCCAGUGACAUUUUAAUAGAAUACUUUCAUCUGCAUGUGCCGUAAAGUAACGGCAACAGCUUACAUUCAAGCCAGGACACUAUUUUUUAAGUUAACUGCAAUUGCACAGGUGAAAAGAACUCAAUGAUGUCUGUUUAAAGGGCUGACAUUAAGAAAAGGGUCAAACUUAUCAGCUGCCAUAUUUGCUAACCAUUUGUUUGGUGAAAGGGUGGCAGUUUUUACAUUAAAAACAAACUGGGAAGUUGA